AUGAGCAGAAGAGAUGACGACUAUGACUACUUAUUCAAAGUGGUUUUGAUUGGUGAUAGCAGUGUUGGUAAGACCAAUCUUUUGGGGAGAUUUACUCGAAAUGAGUUUAAUCUCGAGUCGAAAAGUACUAUCGGCGUAGAAUUUGCUACCAGGAGUGUAGAGGUGGACAACAAGGUGAUAAAGGCUCAAAUAUGGGAUACAGCCGGUCAAGAACGUUACAGAGCCAUCACCAGCGCGUAUUACCGCGGUGCAGUGGGUGCUCUGUUGGUAUACGACAUCUCCAAGCAUUCUACCUUUGAAAGUGUGAGUCGUUGGCUGAAGGAGCUUCGAGAUCACGCCGAUGCCAACAUUGUGAUUAUGCUUGUCGGCAACAAGAGUGAUUUGAGACAUUUGAGAGCAGUGCCCACAGAAGAGGCCAAACAAUUUGCAACCGAAAAUGGAUUAUCAUUCAUCGAGACAUCAGCCCUGGAUGCAACCAAUGUAGAGCUUUCCUUUCAAAGAAAUUUAACUGAAAUCUAUCGCAUUGUAUCCAACAAGGCAUUGGAAACGUCCAAUAAUGCAAUCAAGCCAACCGGAGGACAAACCAUCCUUGUUUCUCAAUCUCCUGAUGAAAAUCAGAAAUCCUCUGGAGGAUGUUGCUAA